AUGAGGGGAGCUGCUGCUGCCGCUGCUGCUGGCAGUGCGCGGCGUCAGGGCAGAGGCGCGCAGCGGCAGAAGAGCAGGGGGCAGGCGGCGCAGGCGGGGAGGAUGGGCGCAGGGCGGCCGCUUCGCGCCUCCGACGUGUUUCGCGUCGCCGCCUGUGCGCUGCUGUUCCUGACGGCGGUGGCUACCGCCCACGCGGCGGACCCCUCUGCGAUGCCCCGCCACUACGUGUGCGUGCACGACCAGGUGGCGCUCCCCCACGAUGCACUUCCGUACGCGAAUGUGAAGUACAGGGAUGCCAUGCGAAACGUGAACGCCCUUCCCGUCUUCACGGCCGCUGCUCGGCAGAACAUUCGUUUCCACGCCGUGUUUUUGCUGGGUGAGGCCUGCAGCAAGGCUGGACAAGUCGUCACUACCUACCUUGGGGAUACAACCAAGUGCACUGACGACGAUGUCUUGACACCGCGAAAGGUCAGGACAAUACGCAGGUUGGUUAAGAGGGCUUGCGCAUUUUUGGAGCAGGCGGUUCUUGUGGACCCGCUGGAAGAAAUCUCGGUGGACGCAAGCGUCUGCCCUUUCCUAAGUAACCCUGCCGUCCAGAUUGCGGAGAAGGACUACGUUGUGUUUGUUACAGCCAAUCCAAGGAGGGAGGUAAGAAGCGUCGCUGCCUGGGCGCGCUGGUGCAUGAAGGCGUCCACAGGUCGGCCUGUGGUGGGGCACGUGAACUUCAUACCAGGCGUUCUCAGGGAAUACGUCACGGAGGUUGAGGCACGCAUAGCAAUGCACGAGGUCACGCACGCCCUGGGCUUUUCGAAUCUAGCCAACACCGCCGGCUCGCAUGUGGGACCUGGCGGCAAAAUCGUGCCAGGCUCCGCACGUGUGUACCGGCCCAAGCUGGGCAAAAACGUGACACUGGUCACAUCACCCAGGGUUGUCGCGGUGGCGCGGCGGCAUUUUAACUGCCCCACGCUUGACGGAGUGGAGAUUGAGGAUGGCGGCGGACCCGGGACGGCAGGCUCGCACUGGAAGAAGCGCAUUUUAUACGAAGAGGUGCUGGUUGGAAGCAUCACCACUGCCAACCUCUUCUACUCCUCCCUCACACUGGCCUUUCUGGAGGAUCUCGGGUACUACUCCAUCAACUACAGUGUGGCGGAGGACAACUAUCGCUGGGGCAGAAACCGCUCGUGUCGAUUUCUCUACAACAAAUGCAACGAUCAAGCCGAGGACGUGGAUGAAUUUUGCUUUCACGAGGAAAGUGCGACAGAGUCUCGGUGCACGCACGACCGCUUGGGCGCGGGAAGGUGUGACGUGACGGAGUACCCCGUGGACCUCCCCACGAACUACCAGUACUUCAGUAAUCCACGGCUGGGUGGAAGCUUGCCGGAGAUGGACUAUUGCCCAAGCAUCUCUGUCUACUUCAACGUGAACUGCGUAAACGAAAACAACGAAGGCUCAGUGAAUUUGUACGGGGAUGAAAUGGGACAAAACAGCCGUUGUUUUAAGUCUAACCUCAUUACGAGUGCGCUUCCCAACUUGGGCAACGGUGCCCGCUGCCUGCCGAUGAUGUGCACAAGCUCUGGACAGAUACUGUUGCGUGUUCAAGGGCAAACGGUUCCGUGUCCUGCGAAUGGCACCGCGGGGGAGGCAGACACCUCUUACUUGCGCGGAGUUCACGGCAAAAUACUCUGUCCUUCAGCGAGUCUUAUAUGUGGAAACACCAAAGCAGACAUGUCUUCCGCAGUACUUACGUACCCCAAUAGUAUGAUACAGGAGCCGGCUGUGGCAGAUACAAACCAACCACCUCUACAGAUUACUCAAGCGAACAUGACAUCAUGUGUGGAGCGUGUGAAGUGUGCGGAGAAUAUAGACCUCUUCUUCCCCGCAUGCCGUCUCUCGGCCAAGCGGAUUCGAGACUGCUUUGGUAGAGAAUGCCAGCUGGCAAUGCGCAUCUGGCUUGACCACAACCCGCGCUUGCAGCAGUGCAAGGAUCCAAGGUUGAUGGCCGACUCAUGCCUAGACGGUUGGAUGGGGGCACAUAAAUUAUGCGCCAUGGACUCCGCUGCAUCCUCAACAACAAACUGGCUUGCUAUCACGUUUCUCUUCACCACGCUGACGACCACUACUCUUUUCUAA